AUGGUUCUAGAAUUACUGACCCUGGCCGCAAUCCCCACCGCCAUCUCCACCGCCGUCGGCGCCUCAGAGGCCGUCCACCAACAACACAUACUCGACGAUGAAGCGGAAUCGGAAGAGCGCCAAGCGCCUUUCUACCUUGACGUAUACUGUAGCGCAAAAUCCAGCAAGCGUGAUGAAGUACACGGAGCGAUGAUAGUCCUUGAAGACGGAAAACUUAAGCUCUGGCCUAAAGAUACCGAUACAAACCUCCCGAAAGAAUACGAAAAUGACGAUUCACCUCCUCCACAUCCGUUCACUGGGUUCUACCUACCGUUCCCAGCUAGUGACCUCCCCAACCGUCCCAUCCCCCAUCGACCGAUCCUCGGCCUUGUCAGCACCGUUCCCACCCCGCAUUCGCCCUCCUUCUCGAAGCCUUCGUCUAGGUCCAGGAAACCAAAGUUGAAUUGGAUAUACGCGGAUGAAGAGACGCGUGAACUACGCUACGGUCCCCGCGCUGAGGCACGGUAUCACGUUGUCGGUCCGUGGGACUGGACGGAAGAUGAUGAGCAGGGCUUGACAUUGGACGGGGAGGAAUGCCUAGUCGCCGUUGAAGAGGAAACGGGGGGCUACGGCUGGGCAGUAUAUUGGGAUCGUGAGGACGAUCGACUGAAAGGGGUGGGAAUGGAGAAGGAAAGGAGGGUGUUGAGGUGUAGUUUGGAGAGAAGAUUUGUGAAAGGAGGGAGGACAGCGAUUGAAGUAGAGUGA